AUGAGCGAUUAUCAGCGCACCUCGUGGAAUAGGAAAUCUGGAAAUUCAGCUUCAGUCGGUGUGCAAGGGAAUAAGACCGUAAAGAGCAGACGUAUUAUGCCUAAAAGAAAAGCAAAACUGUCGUCGUCAGUUUGUGACCAAAAUAUGUUCGAUGUGCAUUCUCCUGUGAAGAAGCGUAGACGAAUUUCAGAAGUGCUUCAGCAGUCUACAACGGUACCAAAUGCAAAAUUAAACAUGAACCUUGAUGAAUUUGGAUUUGAAAUCGAAAGUGAAGAGGUAGCAUUGAGCACCGAAACAUCACAGUUGUCAUCACUGUGCACCUCAGGUGUAUCGUCGCCACUUCCAUCAACAGUGAUUGCCUUACCGAAAAUUUUAGAUCGAAAAAUUUUAGAAAAGCCUGGGACAAAGUCUGGUUUUGGCGAAGAGCGGAUCAUUAUCUCAAAUACUGUGAACGAUAAUCUUAGAAAUAUUCCACGUGCUAAAGAUUUGCAUGCUAUUCCUCAACAUGAUUCUGAAGCUACUGGAAAAAAUGGGGGAUCCGUUGCGGAACCAAAUGAAAGAGAGGUACAUUCUGUAGUUAGUUUGGGUCGUGCUGUGAGAAGCAUACGAAAAGCUAAAAGUGUUUUAGAAGAGAAGACAGGAAAAAAAGGUUUUGAACGUGAUAUUGUGUCGGAGUUUUCAUCGAGGAAGACCCUUUCAACACAGGUGUCACAAAAAAAUGUUGGAAAUUCUGUAUAUUGCUGUGCUAAGUCUUUUCAGAAAGUUGAAACCGUAGAGGAUAUUUACCGCCGUUUACAGACCUCUGAGAUACCAGAACGAUUGCCGUGUCGUGAAGCAGAAUUUGAACAGAUAUGUUCAUUUAUUAAAGGAUGCACUGGUAGUGGUGCUGUCUCGCAAACAAUGUAUGUAAGUGGUGUUCCGGGUACAGGGAAAACUGCAACUGUAUUACAGGCUGUGCGUUACUGUAAGCUUGUAAAAAAUAUUAAAUUUUCUUUUAUUACUGUUAAUGCAAUGGAAUUGGAUAAUCCGAAACAAGUAUUUGUACAAAUCUAUCAAAAUUUACUGGAUGUAAACAAGAAGAUCGCAUCAAAUGUAGCGCGAAAGAAGUUAAAUGAAAUUUUUCAAUAUCGCGAUAGGAAGCGUUUACCAGUUAUCAUCUUGGUGGAUGAGGUUAAAUUGGACUUGCUAAAAACCACAAAACAAGAAAUUAUUUAUGACAUAUUCAAUUGGUCAGCAAAUGAAGAGUCUGCAGUGAGUGUCAUAGCCAUUGCAAAUACGCUUGAUCUUCCAGAAAGACUUCUUUCACGACGCAUUUCUAGUCGAUUAGGAGCUAAUAGACUCUGUUUUCAACCUUAUGGUCAUGAGGAAGUGGGAUACAUUAUUCGUGAUCGUCUCCAAGGUUCAUCUGCUGUUGAAGCAGAAGCUGUUGAAUUAUCAAGUCGAAAAGUUGCUGCUGUCUCAGGUGACUUACGAAAGGCGUUGGAUAUCAUGAGAAAUGCUGCGCAACUCGCUCUUACUGCAAAGCAGAAGCAAAUUACGAUGAAAAAUGUUCAAGAAGCUAUUCGUCUAGCAUCUACAAAUGUUCGAGUAGACCUUAUACGCUCCUUACCAUUACAUUCUAUAUUACUUCUUCGUGCUGCCCUAGCUGAACAAAUCACCUCAGGAUUGGAUGAGUUUGAGUUUCGCAUUCUUUUUAAGCAAUAUCAGUUACAGUGCAGUGUUGAGAAUAUAAUACCAAUAAGUACAAGUUCUGCGUAUCGAAAUGUUAUGGAAAUGUGCAGUGAGCGAUUGUUAGUGGCAAUAGCAGGAACUGGAAUAAUGUCUCGACGUUUGUGCCUUGGAAUGACAACGCAUGAUGUACAGCUUGCUUUUAAACAAGUAGAUAAAUUGCCUUUAUAA